AUGCCCCACACUGACACUAACACGGCAGAUGCCAUUCUCUUGGAGUUUGUUCGAUCAUUUUCGCGGAGGUGCCGCUGGGUCAUGAUCGGUUGUGAUGACGAGCGCCAAAGAGAGAAACUUUCGACGGGUCCCCUGAAGCAAAAGUACGUUGCAACCUUACAACGCUACAAUGCUGCUCCAGCAACUCUCGUGAGCACGUACAAAGGUGGCAUGCCCUGCGCAACCUACGUGCCUCCAAGAGUGGCUUUUUUGAUGUCUAAAGGCACGAAAGGAACAACAAGGCUGCGGCAUGCUCCCCGCAACACGGUCAACAUGCCCGAGGUUGAGCCUGGUCGCCCUAAAGUGCACAUUCGCAGCGAGCCGGCAGAUGGUGAUUCCCAGGUGCAGAGGUGCCAGCAGGACCACAGCACCUGA